UUUCUCCAUUUACUCCUGGGAUUUAAUUCUGUUCUCUUCCGGAAUAACAAUUAAUUACAAACAUUCCGUAAAAAAAAUAAAAAUUAUAUACAUUUCCGAAUAUUCCUAGUUUUCCAUGUGGCAAUACAACUGUAAAUCCCAUUUCCAUAGCGAUUCUGUUUUCUGUAUUCUGUUGGAAUUAGGAAUUUGAACGCAAUUCAGAAUAUGAUUCAAGCGUCUGUAUUCAGCUAUAUAUAAUCUUGACCCAUCACAACAAAAAGAUUGAUUCUCUCUCAAAUUUCUUCUUCUUUGUGGUUUAAGGCUUACACAGCUUCUUCUCCCCAUAGGAAGUUCAUUUGAUUGAGAAUUGAGUUUGGUUUGGCGAUGGAUAUAGUAGAAUAUACGGGUGAUGGGACGACAGAUUUCCGGAAAAACCCUGCUGUUAGGGAGAAGACUGGGGACUGGAAAGCUUGCUAUUUCAUUAUUGGUAAUGAAUUUUGUGAGAGAUUGGCAUACUAUGGUAUGAGUACCAAUUUGGUGAAUUAUCUUGAAACUCGGCUCAACCUAGGUAAUGCUAAGGCAGCUACACAGGUCUCGCUCUGGUCGGGGACUUGUUAUCUUACUCCAUUGCUUGGAGCCUUGGUUGCCGAUGCUUGGUUUGGAAGAUACUGGACUAUUGCUGGCUUCUCCAUCUUAUAUGCUCUUGGUAUGACAUUGCUAACACUUUCAGCAUCACUUCAUGGACUGAAGCCGACAUGUGAUAAUAAGGGUGCUUGUAGUGCUUCACUUGGACGGACUUUCGCGUUUUUCGUACCACUUUAUUUGGUUGCUUUAGGAACUGGUGGAAUUAAACCUUGUGUUUCAUCAUUUGGUGGGGAUCAGUUCGAUGAUACCCAUGAAGUUGAGAAAGUACAAAAGGCUGCUUUUUUUAAUUGGUUCUACUUCGCUAUCAAUGUUGGAGCUUUAAUCGCUUCAUCUGUUUUGGUUUGGGUACAAAUGAAUGUUGGUUGGGAUUGGGGAUUCGGGAUUCCAGCUAUUGCUAUGUUCAUUGCUGUGGUAAGUUUCUUCGCUGGUACCGGUUUGUACCGUUACCAAACUCCUGGUGGAAGUCCUUUUACGAGGAUCUGUCAAGUCAUAGUUGCAUCUUUCAAGAAAUCUGGAGUACAAGUGCCAGAAGAUAAGUCUCUUCUUUAUGAGAUGUCAGAUGGAAAGUCCGAUAUUGUAGGAAGUCGAAUGCUUAAUCACACUGAUGGUUUGAGUUUCUUCGACAAAGCUGCGGUGCAAACUGAAACUGACCGUGCCUUACAGAACCGGUGGAGACUUUGCACAGUUACACAAGUUGAAGAACUCAAGGCGAUCAUCCGAAUCCUUCCUGUAUGGGCAACUGGUAUAGUCUUCUCUGCUGUUUACAGCCAAAUGAGCACCAUGUAUGUAUUACAAGGAAAUACCAUGGAUCCACAUAUAGGGAAAUUUAAAAUCCCAUCAGCCUCACUCUCUACUUUCGACACAAUCAGCGUCAUGAUAUGGGUACCCCUUUACAGCAAAUUCAUAGUUCCAUUUGCUAGCAAGUACACUGGCCAUAAAGAAGGAUUCACUCAACUUCAGAGAAUGGGAAUUGGCCUAGUCAUAUCAAUUUUUGCUAUGUUAGCUGCUGGAAUCUUGGAAGUCGUUCGGCUUGAUAUGGUGAGAAAGAAUAACUACUAUGAUGUCGAGUACUUGCCCAUGUCGAUUAUGUGGCAAAUUCCACAAUACUUGCUUAUUGGAUGCGCAGAAGUUUUCACCUUUGUUGGGCAGUUGGAAUUCUAUUACGCCGAAGCACCCGACGCAAUGAGAAGUUUAUGUUCCGCUCUCAAUCUGACAACAGUCUCGUUAGGGAACUACCUGAGCAGUUUUCUUGUAACCAUUGUUACAGCUAUCAGCACAAGAAAUGGUCAACUUGGAUGGAUUCCUGAUAAUCUCAACCGAGGUCAUCUCGAUUACUUCUACUGGGUUUUGACAGCUUUAAGCGCUGUUAACUUUGUGGUUUACCUCUUCAUCACAAAAUGGUACACUUGCACGAGUAAAACUGCAAUCGCGAAGGCUGGCUAAGAAGUUUACAGUAUCUGAUCAUGUUAUGCUUAAAUCAUUCUUUUUCUGUCAAUUACAUAUCUUGGGUAUUUGGAUUUAUACUUUUGAUUAGCAUGUAAAUAUGGUAGGGAAUCAAAUUCUAUCUAUUAUGGAUUUCUUUUACAUUUUUCAUCUCAAUGGAAUUAUGAAUUGUGCAUUUUCUUCAA